GGAAGUUUCUGGCACCUUCUGGCGGUGCCGGCGGAAGCGGGCGGCAGGAGCGGGGGGAGCGGCGGAGGCGGCGCCGCGGCAGCGCCAUGGCCAAGUGGGGCCAGGGGGACCCGCGCUGGAUCGUGGAGGAGCGGGCGGACGCCACCAACGUGAACAACUGGCACUGGACGGAGCGGGACGCGACCAGCUGGUCCAAGAGGAAGCUGAAGGAGGUGCUGGAGGGGCUGGUGGUGGAGGGCGAGGCCGGGCGCUGCGAGAUCGGCGACCUCAAACACGUGGAGGGCGAAGCGUCCUGCAACAGCCGCAAAGGGAAACUCAUCUUCUUCUACGAGUGGAACCUGCGCCUCAGCUGGAAAGGUACAGUGAAAGAGUCUGGUGAGAAACAUAAGGGAUCUGUUGAAAUUCCUAACCUGUCAGAAGAAAAUGAGGUAGAUGAUACAGAGAUAAAUGUUAGCAAGAAGAAAGGGGAAGGUGAUGCUCUGAAGGACCUGAUGAGAACUGAAGGAACCACCAAAGUCAGAGAGGCCCUGAGGGAUUACCUGAAAGCACUUAAAACAGAGUUCACCUUGGGAAUGAUCCUGCCUACUAAAGCUCCCGUUGGGCAGGAGCUGGCCAUGGAGCGGAAACCAAGCGGGAGCACUGUGCAGGACUCUGUUACACCACAGUCUCUGGAUAUGGUUGGAGUAAAAAUUCCAACAGUGAGGAUACAUAUGAGGGAAGUGUUCAACUCUCCAGCUGAUGAACUUUACAGCAUCUUCACAAAGAAGGAAUUGGUACAGAAGUUCUCCAAGUGCCCAGCUGUGAUUGAAGCAGAGAAAGGAGGCAAACUCCAGAUGUUUGAGGGCUGUGUCAGCGGUGAAUACACAGAACUGGUCCCAAGCCAAAGAAUUGUCCUGAAGUGGCGGUGUAGGAGCUGGCCUGAUGAACAUUAUGCAACCGUGGCCUUGAACUUCCAGGAGCUGGCGGCUCAGUCGGAACUGGAGCUGGAAUGCAAAGGGGUUCCUGUCUCCCAUGAAGAGAGUACAAGACAAUGUUGGAAGAAGCAAUAUUUUGAAGAAAUACAUAUUUUACUGCAGCAAUCAAAAGACAACAUGGAGUGAUAACAGCACUGUAGUUUUGUUAGGGCAUUACUUUUUAUACUUUGUUAACAUUUGGUUUUCUAAAAAAAAAAUAUAUAUAAUUUAUUUGUGGGAAGAAUAAAGACCCACUUCUAUGAGACUGUACAUAGUUUAAGCACUAUUUAUGGGUUUUUAGGGACUGAGAGGCAAGUCAGGCUGUGUCUAUCAACAGCUUUACCUGGGGACAGUGAUCUCUGGUCUGCUUGCCUGGAACUUCAGAGUGAUGAUGAUUCAGUUGCAGUGAGCCCUGCCCUCAGAGGUAGGUGAGCCACACCAUCAAUAGGAAGCAUUUCCAGUUCCUUAAUAUUCAGUAUCAAGUGGCAAAAUUAAAUCCCUGUAGGAGACGGAGUUCCCAGCAGAGGUGAGCUGAAAGGGAUUACAAAACUGCUGAUGCAUUUACAGCCUUUGUGGAAUUCUUCUAGAUGCUUUUAACUGCAGACUGUUUGCAGCUGCAGUGUUAGGAAAGAUAAUUAACAAUGUCAUGUAAUUAUUAGGUCUGCAUGCACUGUACUCCCUUACUUGACCUCAGUGUGACAUUUAUUUAGGAAGAAACAAACAGUAGUAGUGCUUGCUUUCUGCAGUUCUGUAAAACCUUCCACUGAACAGAUUCACAGCCCUCUGCAAUGCUGUACCUCAAAGAGUACAACUGUAAAGAGAAUUUUGACAGGAACAAAUUGUAAUUCCUAAUUAAACCACCUCGAGGUGAGCAAGGAUGACUUAGUUCUCAAAUGCUUUAUAAAUAAAGUGUACAAAUGAAAUAUGCAAUCUGAAACAAUUUGACCACAAUAGGGCAGGCUGCUUUUGGAAAACAUGCUUGGCUCAAUAAAAAUGACUUUACAUCAA